CAGUGUUGAGAGCGUGGGGCGGUAAGGUGUGGCUCUGCACUGUUCGCCUCCUGCAGUGCGCUCACAAGGAAAAUAAACAGCUAGAGGCAUAAAGAGAGCGUUGUGCAGGACCACUAUCGCAUACUUUUCAGCGUCUGCUAUGUGGACACAAAUAUGAAGUGAAAUAAAAAACUUUCUGGAACCUUUUUGAAACGUUUACAGGAGCCCAGACUUCGGAUACGGGGUGUCCUCAUUAGACUAAAAAUAACGCUAUGAGGCCAGUUUGCUGUGUUCCCUCUCACUGAAGCUGUCUCUGUAAACAGGUGGCUAUUUCGUGAAGGUAUCUGAGGCCUCCGCAUGCCAGUCCCCCCUCCUCCCCCUCCGCCCCCCCUGGCUCCCCCUCCUCCACCACCACCACCCAGUGCUGCACUGCCACAGUGUCCGUUGGAGCCUCCUAAGCUCCAGUCUGGUGGAGGAGGAGGUGGAAGGAAUGCCCUGUUGGCCGACAUCCAGAAAGGAGCCAGGCUUAGGAAAGUCACACAGGUCAACGACCGCAGUGCCCCUGCCGUCGAUAAGCCCAAGGUGGCUAGCACUGGAGAUGUAUCCAGCAGUGUUGGUGCUUCUCAGGGCUCAUCAGGAGGGAUGGCACCCAUGGGGCCCUCUUUGGGUGGGCUCUUUGCAGGAGGGUUCCCCACUCUCAGGCCUAUAGGACAAAGAGACUUAGCAGGCAAGACCCCAGUGUCGCGAUCUAGCUCAUCAGCCUCCAUGAAGCCUCUAUGGAACCCCCCCACGCCAGCAGACACGAGCAGCGUCUCUGAGCCUUACAGGACGGCGGAGCUCCGAGGCUCCGUCCACUGUCUGCUUGCUCCCUCAUCCUCUGCUCCUCCCUCCCCCUCUCACAGCAGCAAGCACCCGCCUCCUUUUCCCACUUCCUCUCCCACUCCGCCUCCACCUGCCCCUCCCUCCGCUCCUCCCCCACCUCCCCCACCUCAAGCCUUCCUGGACAGGCAGGCCAACAAGCCUCCGCCGCUCCCCUCCUGCCCACCUCCUCCACCUCCAUCCCAGGUAACCAGGCCCACAUGGCUCCCCAUCCAGCACUCCCACCACACCACCAUCUCCCAGCCCUCUACUCCUCCUCCUCCUCCACCUUUCCAACCUCCCUCUUCCGUUCCAAGGGACCGCUCUUCAGGUUGCUUCUACCCUCCGCCCUCCCCAGUCCACUCUGAACCUUCUAGGUUCCCCAUCCUGCGGGAUAGUCCAUUGGGACCUCCUCCCCCACCUCCUCCUCCCCCUCUCCCUGCCUCUUUUACCCCCAGCUGCUCAUCCCCCCUCCCCCCUCCACUACCCAAGGUGGCACCAAUUCCCUCCCCAGCCAUGCACUCUCUGCCUCCCUCGUACCCCUGCAACGCUCCCACCCGACGGCCGCCUGCUGUGCCAAGAAGUGCAGGUGUGGGUCGGCUGGCCCCUCCUCCAGCUCCUCCGGCACGUUCCCCCACUACCGAGCUGUCCAGCCGCAUUCCUCCCCCUCCACCACCACCACCACCUCCCCUGCCUCCAUCAAGUGUCAGGAACGGACACCUGUACAGCCUGGCAGAUGAUUUUGAAUCCAAGUUCCAGUUCCACCCUGUAGAAGACUUACCCCCUCCCGAUGAAUUCAAACCUUUCCCUCGGAUAUACCCCAGCAAAGAAAACAGAGUGAACCCCAAACCAUGGAUGAGGACACACCUCAGAUGAGUCAAGGCCUCACCCUUUUCUUCAUCCCCAGCCACCCACCCACACACACACACACACACACACACACACACACACAUAUACAUACACACAUAUCAGUCAAUUACACUCAAUCCUCCUCCUCAUGACAAUAACAUAACUGCCAUAGAUUUAUUUGGAUGCAGGCUCUGUGUGUGUUGUUUGUGUUUAGUGUAUUGUGUGUGUGUGUAUAUGUGAGUGUCAAACAGGGUCCCGCCUUAUACUGACUAUGUGACCUCUGACCUUUUCCAGUGUGGAAUGUUUUGAAUGUGUGUGAGGAGGAGGGCUCUCCCUACUCGUACUCAUACACAUACAUUCCAUGGACAACGUCUUUCAGUAGCUAUAUUUAACAUGACUCUUGACACAGUUCAGCAUUUCAGUCUCUAAAUACAGAAUAGAAUAUUUUGAUUUCAUCUCUGAGACUUUUGUCAAGAUGUCCCGAUCUGUUCCUUUAUGCAGUAGCACUAUAAAAAGUCUGCAUUUAACCCAGAAAGUUGUUAAUAAAGCUCUUUUAAAGACAGA